CCGGCGUCCGCUGCGUCUCCGGCAUUUGAAUCGCGCUUCCGCCAUCUUUCCAGCUUCAGUCGGACAGGCGCGGAGGCUCUUCUGGAAGGAUCGCCGCGAUGGCCGCCCAGGGAGAGCCGCAGGUCCAGUUCAAGCUCGUCCUGGUGGGCGACGGCGGCACCGGGAAGACGACGUUCGUGAAGCGCCACUUGACGGGCGAGUUCGAGAAGAAGUAUGUAGCCACCCUGGGCGUGGAGGUGCACCCGCUCGUCUUCCAUACCAACAGAGGGCCCAUCAAGUUCAACGUGUGGGACACAGCCGGCCAGGAGAAGUUCGGAGGCCUGCGCGAUGGCUACUACAUCCAAGCCCAGUGUGCCAUUAUAAUGUUUGACGUAACAUCAAGAGUCACUUACAAGAAUGUACCCAACUGGCAUAGAGAUCUGGUGCGUGUGUGUGAAAACAUCCCCAUUGUAUUGUGUGGCAAUAAAGUGGAUAUUAAGGACAGAAAAGUGAAGGCAAAAUCUAUUGUCUUCCACCGAAAGAAGAACCUUCAGUACUAUGAUAUUUCUGCCAAAAGUAACUACAACUUUGAAAAGCCUUUCCUCUGGCUUGCCAGAAAGCUCAUUGGAGACCCUAAUUUGGAGUUUGUUGCCAUGCCUGCUCUUGCCCCUCCUGAGGUGGUCAUGGACCCAGCUUUGGCAGCACAGUAUGAGCAUGAUUUAGAGGUUGCUCAAACAACUGCCCUCCCGGAUGAGGAUGAUGACCUGUGAGAUCGUGGAGCUGGAGCCCUGAGUCAGAAGUCUAGUUUUAUAGGCAACUGUCCUGUGACGUCAGCGGUGCAGCGUGUGUGCCACCUUAUUUAGCUAAGCGGAUCGUGUACUUCAUUGGGAUGCUGAAGGAGAUGAAUGGGCUUCGGAGUGAACGUGGCAGUUAAAACAUACCUUCUUUUUUUUGGACUUGCAUAUUUAGCUGUUUGGAACACAGUUGUUUCCUUCCUGAAUUUCAAAAAUAAGACUGCUACAGUCGCAUCACACUCACUAUUCAGUCAGUGGUGACAUCUUGUUUGUUACUGUCAUUCCCAUUCUUUUUGUUUAGAAUCAGAAUAAAGUUGUAUUUCAAAUAAUCUAAA